CCUAAACGCCUCCUUCAAGUUUGCAGCUGGGCAGGACUCCAAAGGUGCAGCAGCAGCAACAACCCGGAGUUCAAAGUUAGCAGUAAAUUGCACAACUUCCAGCUCAUCGCUACGCUCAGUGACUAUUAACAAGCUGGAAGGCGCUCAGGGAAAAAAAUAGGGGAGAAGGGAACACCCUCGAAUUGUUUGGGGAUCGCUGAUGUUAUGCUUCUGCCGCUGGGAUCAUGGCUCCCUUUGGAAGGAAUUUAUUAAAAACCCGGCAUAAAAACAGUGUUACCAUGCUAGCAAUUCACCAAGUAUCACACAGGACACAACAGAUAAGAGUCAGAUGGUUUCAGGAUGAAGAGUGACCAACCAAAUGGAAUUAGAGGGGAAAAUAGAUGACUAAAUUCAUUUGUGUAACAAAGGCCAGAACCAUCCUCUACAGAACACAGGUCUCCCAACAAGGACAUGGCUUCAAAUGAAAGAGAGAUUGUGGUUUGGGUUUGUCAGGAAGAGAAGAUUGUAUGUGGCCUGACAAAGCGCACCACUUGUGCAGAAGUCAUUCAAGCAUUGCUUGAGGAACAUCAAGCAACUUUUGGAGACAAAAAGGUCCUUUUUGGAAAACCUAGUGAUUACUGCAUUGUAGAAAAAUGGAGAGGCUCAGAGCGAGUACUUCCUCCCUUGACAAAGAUUCUGAGACUUUGGAAAGCCUGGGGGGAAGAGCAGUCUAAUUUGCAUUUUGUGUUGGUAAAGUCAGAUGCUUUCCUCUCAUUUCCAUUGUGGAAGACAGCUGAAGCUAAGGUAGUACAAAAUGUAGAAAAACAGUGGGAUCUCAGUCCAGCAAAUUACAUGAAGAUGUUGCCAAUAGAUAAGCAAAAGAAAAUUGUGAGGAAGACUUUCCGGAAACUGGCCAAGCUUAAACAGGACAGUGUUCAGCAAGAGAGAGAUAACAUGGAGACACUGAUUCAUCUGAUCAUUUCUCAAGAUCAUACCAUUCAUCAACAAGUCCUUAGAAUGAAGGAGCUAGAUAUGGAAAUUGAAAAAUGUGAAGCAAAAUUCCAUCUAGAUCGUGUGGCCAAUGAUGGAGAAAAUUAUGUACAGGACUCCUAUUUAAUGAUCAAUCCAAGUGAGGCUGAGCAGCAAGGGAGUAGGCCAGAUGAUCAGAAAAACAUGCAUGACUAUUUGAGCAAAAGUGAUGGAAUUUUACAGGUUGAAGAGAGACUGAAACAUCACAAACAAUUAAUAGAGAAGCUAUGUGCUGAAAUUGAAAGAGAGGUACACGGUAUAUGCACAGAAAAAAGUGGAGACGAUAUUCACACAGAAGGAGCUGCUAAUGCUGAACUGGAAAACUCAGAUUUGGAAAGUGUAAAAUAUGAGCUGGAAAAAAGUAUGAAAGACGGUCUGAGAAUCAACUCAUACCUGAGCUGCAUUCAGAAAGAACUUACAUACAGGGACUCACUGCUUCAAAAGAAGGAAAAAGAAUAUGAACUUCUUACAGAAGAAUUUAAUUUACUACAUGUUAAAGACAACAUCGAAACUAGGCUUCCAUCAAAUGAAGAACCAUCCAAGGGCAGUGGCAUGUCCAGUAACAGCAUUGCUGUUCCUGACUUUGUUCAUAGAGUGACUAAUCUGGACAUAAAUGAUACAGACUCUGACACUGGAAUCAGCUCUACACACAGUCAGGACUCUGAAAUAACUUCAGGGGACAUGGUACUGUUGUCAACAUAGUUGAAAACAGUCAUGCAUUUAUGAAAAGUUAUAUUUUGGAGGAUAUUUAUAAGAAUUAGUAAACCUUGUUGUCUUUGAAGUUCAGCCCUUCAAGAUGUUAAAACUGUGGCACCGCUUUAGCAAAGUAAACAGUGUCUAUUUAUGUACUUCAAAGUAUACUUGUGCUAAAGCGCAUGGGCAGUCUCAUGGGUUAACUGCUAAUAGGCGCAAGGUUGUUGACUUAGAUAAACCAGGACAGACUGUUUAGACCUUGUAAUGUUGAUACUCAGUGAAACAGGAGCAUUCUGACUGACUUGGACCAAAAGUCUGGAGAUUUGAUAUCCCCUAAUCUUUGGGUCCACUUCUGCGUCUCUUUAACUUUUUAGGAAUGUGAAUUAGAGAUUAGAUGAAACUAGACAGAGUGCUUGAUUUUCUGCUCUGUUACAUUAGCUUUAUUCAGCUGGAGUUUCCCUGCCAUGAAGCUGCUGUAAAAGAAUAUAUAAUCGAGCAUAUAAUCUGUUAAAAAUAGUUUUUAUGAUAUUGUAGGACAAAAGAAAUGCAAUUGCAUUUAAACUGUGUAUUUAAAUUUAGUUUUGAGUUAUCAGGAUGAUAUUUUCAGAAAUACCCAAGCCCCAUUUUAAAAAUUAUCUUACACACAUAGGUUUUUAAUUUCCAGUCUCUUUCAGCAGCGUUUAACUGCUUCUAAGAUCCUUGAAACCCCUACUUAUCUGUUGUUACUCUGUAGUUGCCCCAGUGAUGCUUAAGUCCACAUAGUUCCUGCCAGUGGGCAUGUCAGAACUGCCUACAUCCUGCUUGUGCUAGACACUUAAAUCCCAAGCUCACACCUAACCCCAGGGGCAUUUUCAGCGAGGCUUUCUCCUGCCUAUCUCACCCGUCAGAUCCAGUGUCAGGCCUCCUCAGAUCAUGACUACCAAAUAAAGCAUAACAGAAGGGACGGGCAGGAACCAGACAUUUUUGGCUCUGGCUAGAUACUGUUUCCCAAUAGCCAGGUAGUUACCAUUUUAACACAGCAGGUAGGUUGUCAAAUCCUGCCUCAUGCUGUUUUGGAGCAGGGUUAUGGACCUGUAAAUCCUACUUCCUCAGUGAGGACUUUGGGGUACAGCUAAAGCUGAUCCACUUUAUAUAGCUAAUUAAAUAUUGGGCCCCAGGAAAAAAAAA